AUGAUUCUUGAGGUGGAAAAAGGAAAAAACGAAAAUGAACAAAAGAGUACCGAGCUAGCGCGUCCACUUUCAAACCAUUGUAUGCCCCGGAUCAUUUUCGUCGCGCCAAAGCUCACGUGCUUCACGGCGGUGGAACUGCCGGGGAGAGGUGGCGGCUUCGUUAGGCGAUUCUGCUCUUUCCGGAAGGAGCUUGGGAAAGGAAAUCGACUUCCACAGUGGCUUGGAUGUGGGGUCACCGGUGAGGUGCUUCUCGAUGGGUGGGUUGUGGCGCUUUUGGUGGCGCUGGCCCAUGGUUGCAGCCGCAGGCAGUGGGUGACUGGGUUUACAUCACCGGAGAGAUUUUUAGUUGAGAGAGAGAGCGUCGGAGAUGAUUUUUCGUAG